AUGCUGCGACGGCUGUUAAAGCCACGGCAUGCAGUACUCUCUGUUUGUUUCUACGACAGUCCGGUUGCGUUCAUCACAAGAGGUAUCGUCGCACAGCGGGCAAGUGCGACAGCGGGGGUGGUGCCAUUACCGCAGAAGUCAUCAUUGACUACAUCUCCUGUGCAAUCAUUUGAUAUUCUUGGACAGUCAAAUGUAAAGACUCUACUCGCUAGGUCACAAUAUACUCUUUUUACUAUAGGAUGGUAUGGUACAACAGGUGAUUUCGCUCUUUAUUGUGCUACUACAAAUGAACUUGUGUGUAUGAAGCGUGAAACAAUAUGGAAAGCUGCGUUUUGGAUGGAGGAACGUAUUGGUGAUGAUUACAUUGCAGGUAUCGUGUUUCCAAGUGAUGGUUCCUCUACCCUUAAGGAAGCGGCAUCUUUACUGAAAGAGAAGGCCCGAAAACGAAUUGUGUUGGCACCAGAUACAUGGGGAAUUACUUUUCUUGCAUUAAAAAACCAGCAGGAGUUUGUACGAGGUAUGGAUCUUCCUACUAGCUUAGAGCAUGCUACUUUUCUCUUAACGAGGAAGGCGUACAAAAGUUCUUUUACUAAUCCAACCAUUUUUGAUUUUUCAUCGGGUUCUUAUAUUUCCUCUGAUUCUGCAGAUUCUCUUGGGGCGGCACGGGAUGCCCUUGUAUCUUGGUGUGUUUUAUUUAAUGUUCACAGGAAAUUUGGCACAACUGGAAACCGGAAAGUGAUGAAUCCUAUUGAUCAGAUUGUUCGGCGCGUGGUAAAGGCGGUUAACAUUUUUGUAGUGGAUAUAAAUGUUAGAGUUGGUAAAGGAACCAUUGCAGAAGGUUAUACAAUGAUUGUUACUAUUUAUGAUGCCCAGAAACGAACUCAAUCAGUUCAUAUGAUUCGUAGUUUAGCGGAGGAAACAGUUAAGCGUAACACGUUAAAUGGUCUUCUUUAUGGUGAGGGCACUUCAUCUAUUUCUCUUUUUGUUCCUACUGCCCGUACAAAGUCAGCUCAAUUACUCGCCUUUGCACGAAGUUGUCGCCCAUCAUGUCCUUUUUUCGUUGCUGAAGUCUCUAGUUUGGCACCAUUCUUUGUAGGAACAAAAGUUGCUGCAGGUCUAGAUAAUGAAAAGGAUCCACGUGCUACAUGGGCAACUAUUCGUUCAAAUUGUUUUCCACAGAGUACACAUAAGAAGGAUGAUGAAUUUCUGGAUAGGAAACUACAACAAGGAUUUACUGCUCUCGCUAAUAAAUUGUUCUCUGAUCGACUACAUCGUGUAUCCCCAGCAUUGAUGUCAUCUGUAAGUAGUAUUCCCCCUCAAGAGGAACCACAGAAAGCAUUAGAUAAAGUAGUUAGACUUGAAGAAGAAGAAAAUGAAAAUCCAGUUUCUCAUGUAACCCGAUCAGCUUUUCUUAAUAAUGUUAAUAUUAAUGAUGCUGAGGUUGUGUUUCGUUUACAACAAUGGCGUUCAAUGAUUUAUGAAAAUCCUGAACGACUUGAACGUGAAAAAAAAGUUUUGGCUGGAAUGUCAAAGUACUUAGUACUAGAUCUCGAAACUACUACCAUACGACGUUACAAACGUGUUGCAAAUCCUUUUACGAAAGAAAACUUUGUUGUACUCUCUGGUGCUCGUGACUAUAAAGGAAAGGUUUAUAUUCCGACCCGUUAUUUUAGUCGAACUAUUGCCCUUCGCUACGAUGAUUUUGGUGUAACAAGUACGUGUAAUUUAGUUGAGGGAUCAUCAAAGUAUUCCCUCUUUUUACCUCCUCUUGAUGACUAUGAUGUUAUAGUGGGACACAAUAUUAAAUUCGAUUUGCUGCAUAUAUGGCGUGAUGUGGAGUUGCGCCGAUUCAUUAAAAGAGGUGGAAAGAUAUGGGAUACCAUGUAUGCGGAGUAUCUAUUAACAGGACAUGAAGUCAAACUUGGUCGCGGCGCCGGUUUGGAAGACGUGGCAAAGUCGUACGGAGGACAAAUACCAAAAUUAGAUGCUGUAAAACAGGCAUGGGCUAAUGGAAAGGAAACGUAUGAAAUUCCAUAUUCAACAUUAACAGAAUACUUGAAUGGUGAUUUAGAAAAUACAGAACUUAUUUUUAAAAAACAUAUGGAACGAGCUCUUACACAAAGACAGGCUAUUGUUAUCUCAGCUCGAAUGGAUGGACUCCUCUGUACAACAGAAAUGGAAUACAAUGGUCUCAAAACAAAUGUUCAACUUGCUAUUACACAGAGUAAUGAAUUAAUGGUUAAGGUGAUGGAAUUACGAAAACACCUUGAUAAUGCUAUUCCUAAAGAAAUUCCUACAGACUGUCACAAGUAUUUUAAUUGGUCUUCAAAUCAACACCUCAUCGCCUUCUUUUUCGGUGGAAAACUUAAACUUAGUACAAAUGCUCGUGAGAGUAAAUUACUUCCUGGAGAAACAUUUGAACGUCAUACACUUUUUGUCUCACCUGAAGAGUAUACAGUGGAUCAAUUCCCCAAAGGUGUAUUCCUGCGUCCACCAGUGUAUGUUAUUGGACCGGCAGACUGUCUUAUCGUAACAGGUGGAUCAUUAGAAAAGGGAACAAAGAUAUUUAAAACAUACUACGAAGCUUACAUAAAACAGGCUGGAUUCCGUAAGAGUUCCACCAUGACGGAUUCACUCAGUCGAGAGAUGGUAGCGGUGUCUAGAACAGACCCGGAUAAACGGAGUGAACCUAAUGCUCUCGUUAAUUUACUUCCUAGACGUCAUCUUUUUCUAUUCAUGGCGAUAUCUCCAACAACAGCUGGAACUAUUAAUAAACUGUUCAUAAAAAAUGCAGUGACAGGAGAGUCAUUGACUAUAUUGGCUGAUCAUCCAGAGAAGGCUACAAAGUUACGUGUAUUUAUAGAACGUCAAGUAGUUGCACAUACCGAAAUGUUACUUCCUUCAGAUGAUGAUGGUGGUGAUUCCUCUUCAUCUAGCAAUAAUGCCUUUUUAAAUGCACAUGUUACCAUUUUAGCUAGAGAUGCUCCUUUUUCAUGUAUUCGUUUAUUACAAUCGGAUGAAGGUAUAAAGACGUUUUUGGAAUCUCAUGAUGGUCAUGUUUUGAGUACGAAUGGAACUACAACUGCAACUACUGCAACAACCACCACCACCACCACAACAACAACAGAUUAUGUGAUUAGUAUGGCAGAUACGGUUUCAACUCUUACAUAUUACCGCCAUUUAUACGGAGCUGAAACAGAAGCUGCCAGUCGAUCGUCAGGUUCUUAUGAUGAGUCAAAACUUGUUUUUCCUUUAGCUGCACAUCCCCGUGCAGGUCAUUCAAAGAAUGCAACAGCUGAUGCAUUUAAGAAAAAAUUUUUACAAGAAAAAAAUAUGAAACCAGAAGAUUGGUGUAAUCAUUACAUUGAUAUAUUCCUUCAUAUUGGUAAUGCUGCUUUACAGAGAGAAGCCCUUGUGCCUGAUAAUUCUAGUAAAAAACUGCGAAAAUCAAAAAAUAAAAAUAAUACAGUAUUAAAUGAUAAUCCACCUAUUCUUUUAAGUGAGCGUCGUGCAUUCUUUGGAUAUUAUAGUUCACUUCCUGAUUAUGAACGUCGACGAUUAGCUCUAAUGACAAUGAUAGGUAGAACAUGUGCUAGUAUUUAUGAUGCUUUUGCAGUUAAAUGUUCUCAUGAUGAUGUAGUAGAAGUACAAAUUCGUGGACGUUUGUCUAAAUAUGUUCCAAGUCAACUUGAUGCAGAACAAGUGAUGCGAAAGUUUCGUAGUGCAAGUACAAGGCAGUUACAAGUAGGUGAGGAUUCUUUAAAUUAUUUUAAAAAGACUCAUGGAGAUAAGACAGCAGAGACAAUAUUAGAAUUACGGGCUAUGGAGAAACUUAUUGGUACAUAUUAUGAAAGUACUGAUGGAGGUACAGGAAUGGUAUCUCUUGUACAUAGUGUAGAUAGUUGUAUUCAUCACGAGCUCAUACAUAAUAAGACGAAUACGGGUCGCCUUGCAAGUGCUAACCCUAAUUGUCAGAACAUUCCAACGGAAGACAAGUCUACUCUUCGAGAAAUGUUUAUUAGUAGAUAUGGAGAAAAGGGAAUGUGUAUUGAAGCAGACUAUUCACAGCUAGAAGUUGUUGCUUUGGCUGCACUUGCGAGUGAUGAACAGAUGAUAGAAGAUCUUCGUUCUAAAGUGGAUUUCCAUUGUAAGCGUGUUGCUAUGAUGCGACCUGAUCUUCAAUAUACUGAAAUUCUUCUUAGGGCAAAGAAGAACAAAGAACCUGAAUUUGUAAAACUUCGUCAACAGGCAAAGAUUUUUUCUUUCCAGCGACAAUAUGGAGCAGGAGUAAAAAUGAUUAGUCAAAGUACCGGAUUAACACAAGAACAAGUACGUUCUCUAAUUGAAAAAGAACGAGAAACAUACCGUGGAGUAGAUGUAUUUAAUAGUAUGGUCUCUUUGUCUGCUAAUAACUUUGAUGCUUCACUUCAAGAUGGAUCACGCAAUGUAAGAGGACAUCAAUUUUUUAAAGGUAUGUUUCCAGUCAUUACAGGUAGUCGCUAUGUUUUUACAGAAUCUGAUGUACCAGAGGGAAUGAUGCGGGAUAGAGCUCUCUCUGCGAAGUCUACAAAUUUUUCUCCAACUCAUUUAAAGAAUUAUCCUGUUCAGGGAUUUGCUGGUGAAAUUGUACAAAUCAUGCUUGGUUUACUUUGGCGACAUUUCUUACUGAAGAAAAAUUAUAAUGGAUUGGCAGUCCUUACCAACACUGUACAUGACUGUGUUUGGAUAGAUUGUCAUAAUGAUGUUUUUCGUGAAGUUGUACGUGAUGUGGAAUCCAUUAUGAGUAGUGCACGUCAGGUGCUUAAUCGUCUCUACCCAGAAAUGAACGUUAUGGUGGAUUUUCCCUGUGAUGUUGUUGCUGGGGAGAGUAUGGGUUCACUUCGUCCUAUAGUUUAA